GCAAAGUCAGGGUGGUCCGUCAAAUUCGGCUUUCAUUUCUGUUUCUAAACAGAUUUCAGUCAUCUCGCUUGGCAGUCCAAGAAUUUGGAAGAAGAUGAAGAUCACCAUGUCAUCUCUGAUUUCUGUUGUGUUGGUUCUAGGGUUGGUAGCCCUCAUCUCGGGGGCACGACCGAAGGCUAGCCCGAGACGAAAGCCAAGUAAUCUUAAGGCCAAUUGCUUCAAGUGUUCCCCUGGCCAACUUGACUCCCCGUGUAUCAAGCCACAACUUGUAUGCGAUUUCAGGCGAGACUGCCCCGGUGGUGAGGAUGAGGUCGAGGAGAUCUGCCAUCGCUCUCGAUUCACAUCCACAUACAGUGUGAGCAUCGAUGAUCCCAUUUUGAUACACGACAGUGACAACGCACCAGCCCCCUUACCCGGAACAAACACAUUCUAUGCCCUCGAUCGAUUCACGGGUCCUCCGGGAUCGCACAUCACGUUUGAGUUCACCGACGUCGCCUUCUCGGCGGAGACAAAGCGAUCCCGUCGCUCCUACAUCGCAGUAGGGUCAGGCGACGAUCCCACGAUGGUCUCUGCCCAGGUCGCCCGUAUUUCGCUCGAUACUCCGGCGAGUACGGACGGGUACACGGUUAGUAGCAAUGAGGCGUGGUUGCUUGUAGUGCACCCAAAAGGAGAGAACAUAGGCUUCACUGUCCGUGUAAACGUGGUUUCUGAGAGCCCCGCGAUCGUCCCCGCGGUCGGGAAUGAUGCUGACGUCGACGUGGGUAUGUCAGCUUGUUUCCCGUGUCUCAGCAGUGACCUGAUCUGUGUCAGUUGGGACUGGCACUGUGACGGAGCAAAUGACUGUGACGAGGGAGAGGACGAGAUAGGCUGCCCCUGCUUGGGCUUCGAAUGCAGCGAUGGCAAAUGCAUUGAGAAGGGAUUCCAGUGUGAUGGCAUCGUUGACUGUUCCAACGACGAAACAGACUGUCCUGCUUAAAACGCAAGAUGGCGCUACAUAUUAAUGAUCUAACAAUCCCCAUUUAUCGGUGUCUGUUGUUCCCAAUAUAUUCAUGGUGUCACAAGUGUGUUCCUUUGUGAUAAUAACUAUAUGAAAAUGAUUUGCUUACCGCCCAUUUUUAAUGUGAAACAGUGUGGUAGCCCGGACGUUAUGAAUAAAUGAUUAAGUUCGCCAAGUUCAGUACCUAAAUUCAGAAAAGGGGGAAGUGGGGGGGGGGGGGCAACAUAAUGACGUAUUUAUUCGGUCAGUGUUUUCAAUAUAAAGGAAAUUGGAUAUUGAUGGAGAUCGUGUAUAAAGCAAUAGGUAACAAAAGUUGGUUAAUAGUCAUGAUCGUUAUUUUGUAGUUAAUAAUGCUUAUAGCUACAUGUAUCUACGGUUUAUUUGUUUUCGCACACUAUUGUUUAUUAUCACAUUCAAAUGCAUCUCCUCCCCUUUCUCUAAUCCGUCUCUCCCUCGUCCCAUCUAAAGGCCACCGCACACCUUACGACUGGUCUGCGACCCGAUUUCAGAAUAAAAUGUAAUAGAAUUUGAUGCUAAUAUUGAGACUUGGAAUAUCUUACUGUGUAAUGUUCGAAAUCAUCGUACGAAUACCUAUGAUCAAAUUUGUGACUAUGCUAUCAUCCUUCUUAGAAUAAAAGCGAAUUUAAUAUCUAGUCGUAAUGACGUCAUAGCAGUCUUACGAUUGGCUACGAUUUGAACCUAAUUUGGACUUUACUCCAAAAUAAGGGCUUGCAAUCUUUCAAAAUUGUUAUAAUAUUAUUAUUUCAAUUAAUUUCAACCUCAAAUAAAAUGAUAUGUUCCAUUCACAUCUUCAGAAAUUGAGCAAAAUGCGAUUUGUUCCUAAAUCGGGUCGCAGACCAGUCGUAAGGUGUGCGGUCACCUUAACCAACAUCCCGCUCAUUCUGGGUCCAGUUUCAUACAGACUCGUUAAAACAAAAAAAGCACAAUAGGGCGAUUCCGUACGUGUCGUACGGGACAUUUUACAACAAUUUCUAGUUUCCUAGCCGAACGCUUGAGCAAUAAAAAUAUUUUUUUUGUCAAAGAUAAAGCUGUAGUGGGUAUUGACGUGAAUAACUAAUAACCAACACAAAAAAAUUGAUUAUGGGUAAAUUAUAGGUGAAAAUGUUUUGUGUCGUACGGGAGGCAGAAAUGUCCCGUACGACACGCAACAUUUUAAGCUGUAAUUCAUCUGUGGACAACAUAUUUUUGUUGGUUGUCAGUUUUUUGCAUGUCUACCCAGUAGUACUUUAAUAUUACCACAAAGCAAAUUGAAGCUCUUCAUUCGUUUGGACAGCAGGUUGAAAAAAGUUGUGAAAAUGGCUGAUUUUUCUAGCAUGGAAUCGCCCAAUAUCUAUGAAAUAUUUACGACCAGUCAAUCAAAUUGAUUUGUUUCAAUGCCUUUAAAUUGAUGUUGAAUUUAAUCAUUGAAUUAAGUUGGUUUAUUUAAUUUCUGUAUUAAUCUUUCAACAUACAAAUCAGAAAUACAUAAAUACAAAUCAAUUACAUAAAUUAAUGAAAAUCAAUCAUUUAUAAACCAAAAAAAAAGAGAUACACUUGCAAAUUGGCAAUCACAAUACAAACAAUAUCGUAGAUGAAUAGUUGUAUGUAUGCUAAUAAAAGGAAUUUGCAAAAUGUUUUAUUGUAACAGGUUUUAUGAAAGUGGGCCCGUGAUCUCGCGAUAUUUCUCUCCAUUCCUCUCUCUGUCUCUCCCUUUUUACAUAAUCUAUUUCUUUCUCUCAAUUCUCGUUUCCUUUUCGCUGUACAGUGUUUACUUUUGGCUUGUAGUUAGUGAGGGAUGAAUCUUUUAUGUCUCAUGCUGUUAACAAUAUACAUUGCUUUACUCAAUAUGGUGUAAGUUCGUCCCUAGCCUAAAUCAUUUUGGUUUACAAAUAGUUUCAAAUCGAAGACAUUUCAAGUGCACCCCAACUAUUUGUAAUACAUGUAUUUCAAUGUCUGUUAAAUGAGUGUUGUCAAAUUAAUUAUAUAAUUAGUUAUAUAAUUGUUAAAGGUUAAAGCUUUCUCAUUUCAUUGCUUAGAAAUAUUGUUAUUCAAAUAAAUGUAAUAUCAACCCUGCUGCAUUUUUUGUUUUAAAUCGA